UCGUCGUCGUGGUCGUCGUCGUCGUCGCCAGCUGCCAUCUUGGAGAGAGAGCUGCUGCCUCUCUCGCGCUUCCGACGACCAAGGGGAAGCCGGCCGCCCGCGGCUAGCUCUCGCCUGCAACGAUCGACUCGUACCCUACGAGAAGACGACGACACCCAGGAGUCGCGGCCCUCUGUCUCUCUCCAUCACUGAACCAGUAACGGGCCGUCGCCGUUAACAUCGCGACACUCUGGCCUCUGGAGAAUAUAAAAUAUAUUAUACACCGAGACCAGUCAACACACGCGCGCUCUACUCUUCUCCCUCUCUCUCUGGACAAAAUAUAAAAUUCCUACCUAAUCUACGUACGUGCCUACAUCGGAACACAUACAUGUAUGCAUCAUCCGCGUAACUGACUCUUCGAUCCAAAAAUUAUAUACGUACUCAGUGCAGGUGUGCUGGCGUUCAUUAACGACAAAAUCGCCCGUGUACGGGAGUGUCUAGUGUGUAAUUAUUACAGCCGAGUCAGCCUGUGGUGCGUGUGUGCGCGCGGUAAUAACUUCUACAGGACGCCGUGCCGGAAGGUCCCAGUCUCCUGCCGGCUUCCAAAAUUCAAGCCCGGAAUGCAUUAGUUCCCGAUUCUCAUGUCCGUGUUACUUUACUGUAAACGGUGUGUGCGGCUGCUGCGCGCGUGCCUACUGCCUACGUGUAUGAUAAAAAAAAAAAUGGUUAUUUAAGAGACAACCGAUGUUAAGUUAAAAUCGAGUUGUGGAGGAAAAAAAAAAAAAGGUAUUUUCAUUAAAUUGGCGAUUCCCAAGAGGUGUAAACGACAUCGUUUUCGUCACUUGAUUCAUCCUCGUACACGCCUUCUUCGUACAUCACAGGACGCACGUUACUCUCACACUCUCGCUGUUGUCUGCUGCUUCACUCGUAUGUUGGAAGUUGGGUGAGAGGGCGACAUCGUGUGCUAAAAAGGUGUGCAUAUUCGAUUGGUGAUCAAGGUAGUGCGAUUGAAAGAUUAGGUGCGACGACGGACGUUAACAGUGUUGUUGGUAGCCAGAAUUACAAUAGAAUGGCGCUUCCAAGUAGAGCACGAGUGUACGCAGACGUUAAUUCACACAAACCUAGAGAGUAUUGGGAUUAUGAGUCCUACGUUGUUAAUUGGGGUCAACAAGAUGACUACCAACUAGUUAGAAAACUGGGCCGUGGUAAAUACAGUGAAGUGUUUGAGGCUUACAAUAUCACAAAUAACGAAAAAUGUGUCGUUAAAAUAUUAAAGCCAGUCAAAAAGAAGAAGAUUAAGAGAGAAAUUAAAAUCCUAGAGAAUCUUAGGGGUGGGACCAACAUUAUAACGCUACAAGCUGUUGUUAAGGAUCCAGUUUCUAGGACACCAGCAUUGAUAUUCGAGCACGUUAACAACACGGAUUUCAAGCAACUGUACCAGACUCUUACAGACUACGACAUACGAUACUACCUGUAUGAGUUGUUGAAGGCAUUGGAGUACUGCCAUAGUAUGGGUAUUAUGCACAGGGAUGUGAAACCGCAUAAUGUCAUGAUCGAUCACGAUAAUCGGAAGCUACGGUUAAUUGACUGGGGUCUAGCGGAAUUUUAUCAUCCAGGCCAGGAGUACAAUGUCCGCGUGGCCUCGCGGUACUUUAAAGGGCCAGAACUCCUUGUGGAUUAUCAAAUGUAUGACUACUCGCUAGACAUGUGGUCGCUUGGUUGUAUGCUGGCCAGCAUGAUAUUCAGGAAAGAGCCAUUCUUCCAUGGCCACGACAAUUACGACCAAUUGGUCAGAAUCGCAAAGGUGCUGGGCACUGAGGAAUUGUUUGAGUACCUUGACAAGUAUCACAUCGAGUUGGACCCGCGUUUCAACGACAUUCUGGGCCGGCAUUCGCGCAAGCGCUGGGAGCGCUUCGUCCACUCGGAGAACCAACAUCUCGUUACACCCGAGAGUCUUGAUUUUCUCGACAAACUACUACGCUACGAUCAUUACGAGAGACUCACUGCCCGUGAAGCCAUGGAUCACCCGUACUUCUAUCCCAUUGUAAAGGAACAAAACCGAUUGAACAUGGUGUCGUCGUCGCCUACUCCCAUGACAGGCUCAUUGCCUGUAGAUGAUCAUCGAGGUGCAUCAGCAUCAACGUCUACAGUGGGUGGAAGCAGCAGUCUUACAUCAACAGCAUCCGGGGACACAUCCCAGCAACAACAAGCCGAAAGCAGCGAGCAACAGCUGCAGACUGCGCCAAAUCAACAGCAACAGCCUGUACCUCAGCAUUUGUAACCAGGAUUUACCACUGGUUAUUACUACGCGUCCUCGUCGUCAUCGUUGCUGAUGAUGAUGAUGAUAAUGAUAAGCCAAAAAUCAAAGUUGCAUACCAUCUCUACGGUGUAGGAUUAUUAUCAGCUUUGAUGAUAAAUAAGGGCAUUCAACGCGUGAUAUGGUCGUUCACUUACUUUCAUUAACUCAAAAUGAACAGCAGCUGUGUACCAAUUGUUAGCAAAAAGGAAAAUCGUUAUUUGGAAAAAAAAAAUUUAUAAAAAAAACAGGCUUUUUUUCUUACGUAUAAUUAUUAACAUACACACUCGCAGAAUUAUGACAGUUUACAUGAUUAUAACGAUAAUACGUGACACGGUAUCUCAUAUGAUAUUAUCAAAAGG